AUGACAACAAAAACAACAACAACCAUAACCUCACCAACAACAACCACAUCUACCACAACCACAACACCAACUACCACCACAACCACAACUCUAACAACAACCAAAGCCACAACACCAGCAGCAACAAACACAAUUCUUCCAACGACAACUACUGCAAUCAUGAACUCAACCGCUGUAGCUGCUACAACAAUUAUAAAUAAUUUGAAUACUAGUACAAACUCUCUACAAACAACAACAACAAGCAAUAAUACAACCAAUACAACAUCAACACCAUCCAACACAACAUCACCAGGGACAACAACAGGCCAGUUUACUGAGUGUUCUAAAAUCCGAACAGUCACAGAACUGGCUAAAUAUCAACAGCUCUACCCACAUUUUAAUACCGACUGCUCCAGUCACAUAUCCACGUCUAAUUUAAUCGUUAGGGAUUUAUGUGAUUCUGUUCCAAGUUCAAAAUACUGGAAACCAGGAACAAAGGUAGUUGAUGCAUGUGAAACUCUGAAGCCAUAUCAACCGGUUGCAACGUUCAUAUUUAGUACCUACCCUGUCGACGGACUUGCAGGUGUUUUCUUGGGUUGUACGAGCACCUCUCUCAGAAUUGCAACACAGGAAUGUGGUGGUAAAUUUGAAAUUAUUGAGUUUCCUCUACACCCAUCUCAUCUCGAAAGUUUUACACAUACUGCCUCAAACUUUUAUGUAGUUAGCUACUAA